AUGCUAAAGCGAGUGACUGUCCUCGGAAGCUGGAUUUCACUCAGGCUAUUCCGCCGAAAUUCAGUGAAGCUGGAAGGAACGACACCCUCGCACAAUGGCCUUGGCAACGGCGCUGUGGUCACCUCCAUCGCCGAGUACGUUGAUGAGGCAACCUAUUACAAACUUCCGCCAUCAUUCUCGAGUACCUGGGUGUUUGGCAGGAAGAUUUGUCCAGGGCCAGUGCGCAUGAUGAGCAACAGUGGGAAAGAAGUGGUCUCUAGCGAGCAAAGAGACCAAGGCAGGGAUGGCGACGGUGUGACCAGUUGUGUCGAGUUGUACGUCGUGCUCAUGGAAGAGCAAGAGUCUUGUGCUAGUCGUCGGUCAAGCCUUGUUUGGUCCGAUGUCAAUCACGGAGGGACAAGAGAUUUCGACUCUCCAGCGGACGAAGAGCACUUCAAGAACUCGACGUGUGUUAACUCUUAA